GUCGUAUCGCGUCAGGCACCAUGGAAGAGAGCAUCGACGUGUGCAUUCGAGUCCGUCCGCUGAAUGAGCGCGAGAUCAAGGCCAAAGAUGCUAAUGUAUUGCGCUGCGUGGCCUCCUUGAACGCUAUCUCCAUCACGGACCGCAACGGAACUCCGCUCCCUGGUCAAACGAGUGCGUUUCAGUACGACCACAUCUUUGACGAGGGCGUACCUACGAGUACCAUUUAUGGUGAAGUUGCAAAGCGGAUUGUGCACUCCACGCUCAAGGGUAUAAAUGGUACAAUCUUUGCGUACGGACAAACUUCGUCGGGGAAAACGCACACCAUGCAUGGCGAUGUCCACACCGAACUUGGUAUUCUUCCCCUCGCCGUCGAGCAUAUCUUUGGCUACAUCGAGCAGUCAACAGACCGAGACUUCCUCAUCCGUGUGUCAUAUGUUGAGAUAUACAACGAAGUCAUUCGCGACCUCCUGUGUGACGACAAAAGCCUGAGCAGCUUGAAGAUUCGCGAAGACCCGAAGAAAGGCAUCUACUUGGAAUCGCAAGAAGUGAUCAUCACAGAUUAUGACGAUAUCUUUCGAGUGCUUGAAUUGGGAGAACAACGCCGAACUGUUGGGCAGACAAUCAUGAACGAACGCUCCAGUCGAUCCCAUAGCAUUUUUCGUAUCGUCAUUGAGAGCAAGAUGAAGUCUUCACCAAGUACCAGCCACGAAUCUAUGGAAGAGCUGCAAGGAGGAGUGCUCGUGGGUGUACUCAACUUGGUGGAUUUGGCGGGAUCAGAAAGCGUUCGCCACACGGCUUCCGAAGGCAUGCGAUUGCGGGAAGCGAGCAACAUCAAUCGUUCACUGCUAACUUUAUCACGAGUGAUCAAUUCAUUGGCACAAGGAUCUGAAAGCAUCCAAAAUGCCCCAUUCCGUGACAGCAAAUUGACCCGAUUGUUGCAGAGUUCGCUGGCUGGAAGCACAAGAACGCUCAUGAUUUGUUGUGUAACACCGUCCGAUCGCCAUGUGGAAGAAACUAAGAGUACGCUUCAGUUUGCUGCCCGUGCCAAGAAUAUUCAACUGAGCGCAAGAGUGAAUGAAGUCUUGGAUGACCAGGCUCAGCUGCAACGCCUGAAGCGUGAAGUGUUUGAAUUGCGCCAGCAAAUGGAGAGCAACGCAGCGAUAAUUGCUCUCAAGGCUGAAAACAUGGCAUUGGCAGAAGUGAAAUCCAAACACGAAGUGAAAAUCGAACGGCUAAUGAGCCUCAUAGUGUCAUCGAAUGAGACACCAACUUGUACCAAGUCCAAGGCAAAACGCACCAGAGAAACCUGGGGUCCCGGAGAUGUGCUGAACUCGCUCCAACAACAUUCUGCCAACUUGGAGGAGGUUAUUUUGCAUGAAUUGCAAACUUCAUCAAGCCAAAAUGCCAAAAAGAAACGAAAAGAAGGACAUUUGGAUGAGCAAACGGGUGAAAACCAAGUCAUUACGCACUUGAAGAUCCAACUUGACGCCAAGGAACAAAUUAUCCAGCAAUUGAAAGCUCAACCGUGCGCUACGUGUUCUGAGCAUGCAGACGAAGUCAAACAAUUGGAAAAGCUGCUGAAAGAAGUAGAUAAUCAUCGUGCUGAUCUGCAUGCCCAAUUGGAAGAAGCAUGUAACCAGUUGCACGAUUCCCAGCUCAAUCAAGAAACGAUGAUUCAAAAAGUGAAAGCGUUUGACGAAGUGCUCGAAGAAAGCGAGGCUAGUCGAAGUGAAGCCAUCGAACAAAUGCUCCUUCUAGAAUCUCAGCAUUGUCAAGUUCAAGCUCACCUGGCUGACCAAAUCAAGAAAUGCCAAGAAGCCGAGGACGCCUUAGUUGCACUUCAAGCCAAAUUUGACCAGCAGGAUAAGGCACCGGAAAUCGUUAACUCAGCCGCUGGUGACGAAUCUUCGCUAGCAGUAUAUGCGGCUGAGAGCUACGAGGCAAAAUACUCUGCUCAAUCGGCACUGCAUGCUCAAGAAAUGGAUAUGUGGAAGGCGAAAUACGAAGACCUUGAAAGUCAACUCUCCAUAGCCCAUGCAGAGGUGGUGUCGAUGCAAACAAACACCUCAAUCCUCAACGGCGAAAUCCACCGUCUCAACGAAGAAUGUGCGGUCCAUCAAAUCGCUCUGAACGAAAGCAAUGCCAAAGUAAAAUUCCUUGAAGGAGCGAUUGACCAUGCAAAGUCGGUCGAGAAACUCUUACAAGCUGCCCAGGAGGAGGCAGAAAAGCAAGUGGAAUGCAUUGGAAGAGCAAAAGAUGAAGAACUUGUUGCCAUGAAGGACGCAAAUUACGAACUGUCCGUGAAGUUUGAGCAAGCAAAAGUCAUGUUCGAAAGUCAAUUGGAAAAUAUGACACAAGCGCUCAACGAUUUUGCGAAAGAAAAUGAAGUGUUCAAACAAGACAAGGCUGUCUUGACUGCUGAGAAAGUGCAGUUGCAACAAACCGUUACGCAGCAGGCAGAGCGACUUGACGAAUUGAUGCGGUAUAUGGCUUCAGGUGCAGGCACCUCAGUCGAAGUGGAAGAAUUGAAGAGUCAGCUUGUGGGCCAUCGAGACGAAGCGAGUCGCCUCGAGGCAUUGGUCCGCAAUUUAGUCGAAGAAAACCCCCAACUCAAGAUCGAAUUUGAAAUUGCUGCAAAAGCAACGGUACGCCAGUCGAGCGAAGAAGCAGAUCAGGCGCAGGAGAAACUCCACCAGCUCUGCGAACACUACAAGCAAAAAGAAAGCGCUUCUGAAGCAUGUAUUGCCAACCUGAACAACGUCAUUCUUGGAUUAAACGAACAUGUCCAAUUGCUAAGCGAAGAAUCAGCCAAGCUGCAGUCGGAGAAGGCUCAGUUGCUCCAACGAGUUGACGAAUUGUCCAAUCAAACGAAAUCCAUGAAAUCGGAAUUUGCUUCUCAAACGAAAGAACGUGAAGACUCCUUGGCCGAGCGUGACACUAAUUACGAAGUUCUCAAAGCCGAAAUGGACGCCAUGAUCAAAACACAUGCGAAAGAAGGAGAAGUCCUUCGUAAACAAAUGGAGGGCCUGCAAGACCAAGUCGUCAACGUAAACAUCGAAUUGUUGCAAAAACAACAUAUCAUCGAAUCACUGCUCGUCCAGAAUGACGCAUCUCAAAGCAAUGCGUCCACCGCGAAUGAAACAGAAGUCGCUGCACUUGAGGAGCGCUUGGCAGCGAUGAAUAACGAAAAAAAUGCGUUGAAGGCUGAAUCAGACAAGCACGCGCAGGUGGCUGCUGAACUCGAAAGAAAUCUUGUCGUCAUGAACGGUGAAGUGUCCACGUUGAAAGCAGCGUUGGAAGCUCGGAUGAUGUCGCAACAAGAAACCAUUGUCGAAUUGCAAAAUUUGCGAAGUGCACUAUCUGUCAGUGAGGUUAACGUGAAGUCAUUCCAAGAGAAAUACAAUGGGGCAGUCGCGUCUCUGGACGCAAUGACCAAGAAUUGUAUGGCGAUGGAGACGAAAUGCAAUACUUUGUUCGAAGGCCUGGCCGAGAAAGACAACCUACUUGCCCAAGUUCGCGAAGAUUUGCAAGUGCUUGAACUCAGAAGCGCCAGUAAACAUGCUGACCUUGAAAGAACCUUGCAAGAGCAGAAGAUUUCUCACAUCGAAGACCUGAAGAGGGCAAAUCUGACCAACGACGAGUUGCGUGCUGAAAUUGAGGCAAUCAACGCGGCAUGGCGGGAGCAAUGCGCAGCAGUUCAAGCAUCACGAGACACCGAUGUCAAUGCGUUGGCUUCAACUAAACAAGCUUUGGAACUCAAGAUUCAAGACAUGGAACAGAACGCUAAAAUGAGUGCGAUUGCGAAUGACGAAUUGCUCUCGUUAAAUGCACAACUGGUUACGUUGAAGAACGAAUUAGACGCGCAGCUAGAAGAAAAGGAAGCAUUGUACGACAAGAUUGAAGAACUGGAAAAGGCUGCAAUUUGUAGUGCUCAGCGUCAAGCAGAACAUGCGGAGAUGUUGCAACGACAGUGGGACAUGGAAAAGGCCACGCUGACCGAUCAAUUGGACGUGCAACGCGACAGAAUCAACAAGCUCGAAUUGGUGAAGAUGACCAAAGGCCACCUAGAGGUGUUUGAGAAGCUAAAACUCAACAUUAAGAAGAAGACGGAAGAAGUCGCUGCACUCAAGCGCCAAGUGCUUGAGUCGAAGAAUGAUGAGUUGGUGGAGUUGAUGGAGGAGCGCUGGAAGGCUGAGCAAAACGAGAGAAAACUCGUCGAAGCCAAAAUAGAUGAGUUGAAACUGAAGCUCAACACGACGCAAAACGAAUUCCAAAUUAAAAACAGCGAGGUGGCGUCAUUGCAACACGCCAUUAACCAGUACGAAGGCCACAUUGACACGCUGGAGAGUCAAAUUCGGCAACAUGGCAACUCUGCGGCGGAAAUCAAGGAGCUUAGCCAACAAGUCACACAUCUGGAAGACCUUGUGCAACGCCAACGCCAGCAAUUGCUCAUGCACGAAGAAGAUAUGCAGAAUCAAGCGCAACUUCGUGAUGUCCACACGGCGAGGUUGGCGGAUCUCCAGAUCCUACUCAACGACAAAGAUCUGCGUCUGAAGCAAUACGAAGACGAUGCGUUGUCAAAAGAAAAGGACUGGCAAGCCACCAGCGAUGACUUGCACGAGAAAUUUCAGGCGGACUUGCGGUACUUGGAAAAGGAAAACUUGGAAUUGCAUAUCGAGCUGAAGCAAGCAAAACGACUGUUGUCCGGCAAAGGGAUCUCGCCGCCGCCAACGAGCGCAAGGUUCGGUCUUCAAGAACUUCACAACAGUGAGCCGUCAUCUUUGACCAAGUCGUUGCUCGGUCCAGCCAAGAUCACGUCGUUGUCAUUGUCUACACAACUGGAAGAAAACAAAGAGAACACUCCUGCGGAAUCGACCACCAGUCCACCUGAAGAAUGUAAGCAACAAUAACUUCAACUUCAUCUGCA